AUGGCACCAUCACAACGCCAACAACGUAAAUCCGAUACGAAACAAAUCUCAUCUAACACUCCCAAAUCAAAAUCAAGUAGUAAUUCAAAUAUAUGGAUAUUGGCUGUAGCUUUUGCUGCACUUGUUUUUUAUGUAUUAUAUCAAUCGAACACGGGUAUGUUCUUCGAACAACAGAGUAAAGAAAAUACCAAUCCAUUUAAUCGAAUGGUAACAAAUUCAAAAGAUAAAAAAAAAGUCAAUGAUGACAAUAAAUCAUCAUCUAUUUUUGAUACUCCUUGUUCAAGUGUAUCAUCAAUAACACACGAUAAACCGGAUGUUGUAAUAAUUCUUGAUGAUGAUGAUGAUGAUGAUGAUGAUGCUGAAAAUGAUAUUACAAUUGAUGAACAGUCAAGCACCGAUACAGACGAAAAGGAUGAGAAUUUAAUUUUAAAAGAUUUAAUUGGAAAACUUGAAACUAAUACUAAGUUAAUUGUUGUAAAGCCAAAUUUACCUAUACGAAUAUGUACAACGGCUGUAACUUAUUCAAAUCUUCAAGAUACUCAUAUAGUCAUGGUUCAUAAUCCUCGUAUGUCAACUUCCGAAUGUAUAACUAAAAGACAAGCAUAUAUGAAUGAACCAUGUUCAUCUUUAAAUGUACCUAUACAAACACGUGUACUUCAUCGUUCAUUAUCAAUGCUUGGUUUUAUAUAUGAAAUGCCUUGUUCCAUAAAAAAUAAAAAUCGAUAUCUUGUUUUAUAUGAUAAUUUUACAGCUUCUUAUCAUUCACAUUCAGAAUUUCAUCUUUGUUUAUGUCAAGAUUUCCGACGACAUAUUUUAAAUAUUGAUUAUAAAGAUUUACGAUCACAUUAUCAACAUGCUUUUCAAAAUUCAAAUCUAUCUAGACAAUCAAAUUAUACUAUAGGUAAUAUAAUUCGUGUACGAAAAUUUGGUGCACAAUAUCAUAAUGUUCGUAUUAUUGAUAUUGAUUAUUCAAUAAUAAAAAUUUGUUUUUUUGAACGAAAAUCAAAAAAAGAAAUAUGGAUUCAUUCAAAUUCAUCAAUUAUUGAACAAUCUCAACAAAUAUCACAAUUAACAAGAUUAACAAUUCCACCAUCACCACAAACUCCAACAGAAGAAAUUAGUAAUUCAUAUUCUGAUUUAUCACGAUUACGAAAACGAAAAAGUCAUAGUAGUAAUACAAAUAAAGGUGGUAAGAAACUUCGUGAUGAAUCUAAUACUAAACAAAUAUCAAUACAACAUCAAUCAUCGAUUUCUUCAUCAUCUAUAUCCAAUGAAAAAACUUCAACAAUAUCACGUAGUAAUAUUGUAACAACUUACUAUACGAAUAUUCUUUUACCAAAAUUUCGAAUACUCAAUACUUUACCAUCAACAUCACAUAAAUGUAGCCGACAAUGUGUUUUAAUAGCUGAAGAAAAUUUUUCACCUAAAAAAAUUCAAACAAAUCCAUUUUUACUUCCAUUUGAAUGUAAUUGGUCAAUUGUUGAUAGUAAACCUCGUGGUUAUCGAACCCCAUGUCGUCGUACACUUUAUUCACUUGAUGAUAUUGAACAAUAUCUUUAUUUAACACAAUCAAAAUUAUCUAUAAAAUUUUUUGUUGAUGGAGUUUUAACACGUUUUAAACCUUCAAUUGAUGAUUAUGAUAAAAAAUUUAUUAUACUUAAUGAUCUUUCAAAAGGACAAGAAAAUGUUGAAAUAUCCGUAUAUAAUGAUACUGACAAUGAUAAGCCAGAUAAUUUUACUUAUAUAACAAAAAUUCAACCUAUUGAUAAUCGAAUAUCUGCAGCACUUAAUGAUACAAAUAUGACAUCAUGUUGUGAUUGUACUGAUAAUUGUAAUGAUCGAAUGAAAUGUGCUUGUUUUCGUAAAACAUUAAAUCAAGCACAACUUAAUCAAGAUCCAUUAGUUAUUGAAAAAGAAAAAAAUCGUUAUACACUUUCAUAUAUGUUAAAAACAACAGGUUAUCAACGUAAACGUUUACUUAAUCCAAUAUCAAGUGGUGUAUAUGAAUGUAAUUCAAAAUGUUCAUGUCAUCGUGAACAUUGUUCAAACCGUCUUGUACAACAAGGUUUAUUUGUACAUUUACAAAUGUUUAAAGAUAAAUUAAAAGGUUGGGGUUUACGUGCAUUACAUGAUUUACCACGUGGAACAUUUAUAUGUCAAUAUAUUGGAGAAUUAUUAACAUCCGAUCAAGGACAUGAACGUGCUCAAAGUAUAGAUGAUAAAUAUCAAACAAGUCUUGAUUUAGUUAAACAAGUUCGUUAUGAAAUUAAUAAUGAAGAUGGUGAUGAUGAUGUUAAUGACGAUGAUGAUGAUGAACCAUAUGUUGUUGAUGGAAGUUUGUAUAGUAAUUUAGGAAAAUAUUUUAAUCAUUCAUGUGAACCAAAUAUGUUUAUUCAAAAUGUAUUUAUUGAAUCACAUGAUCUUCAUUUUCCUAAUCUUGCUUUAUUUACUCGAACACAUGUUAAAGCUGGUCAAGAACUUACAUGGCAUUAUAACUGUGAACUAUUACCCGAUCGUGAAUCUACAAAGAAAACAAAUGAAUCUUUUUUUUAUUUAAAACUGGCAACUUCAUUCAUUCAACAAUUACAAAAUACUAUGAGAUUAAACAAUAAAAAUAAUGUUCAUUCAUCAUCAGUAGUAAUGCCAACAAAUACAUCUUUAUCAUCAUCACAAUCAACAGAUGAAUCAUUAUUAUCAACAAUACAAUUAUCUAAUAUUUCAAAAACUAAAACAAAUUUAUUAUCUCGUAUGAUAUCAUUAAAAAAUUCAUCAAAUAAUAAAACAUCAAUAUGUCGUUCAUAUAAUAUGCGUACAUUUGAAUUAGCACAAGAUCAUUAUUCAAUUGUUAUACAUUUUCUUGAUGAUACUGAACGAACAUUUUUUAUUGAUCGUCGUUGUAAAGGAAUUGAUUUAUUAAAUGAAGUUUUCGAUUAUUUAAAUUUAUCAAAUGAAAGAAAAUAUUUUGGUUUACUUAUUGAAGAUUUAACACAAGAUUUUGCAUAUCGUUGGUUAGAUUCAACAAAAAUACUUAAAAAACAAUUAAAAACAAAUAUAUUAUCAUAUCAUCUUUAUUUUAAAAUACGAUUCUUUCUUAUAAAUCCAUCAAUAGAAAUUGAUGAUGAAUUUAGUAAAUAUUUAUAUGUAUUACAAUUAAAAAAAGAAUUAUUAAAUGGAAAAAUUUUAUGUCCAAGAUCAACAGCUGCACUUUUAGCUAGUUAUAUUGUACAAAGUGAACUUGGUGAUUAUAAUUUAAAUGAACAUCAACAAGGAUAUUUAAAUGAUUUUCAUUUUGUACCAUUUCAAAAUUCAGAUUUUGAAAAAGAAGUACAACAAUAUCAUAAACAACAUAGAGGUCAAUCGCCAGCUGAUGCUGAAAAUAAUUAUCUUCGUGUUGCUAGUUCAUUGGACAUGUAUGGUGUAGAAUUACAUAAAGCAUCUGUCAAAAUAUCAAAUACAAAUCAUAGUAUAUAUAGUUCUAUUGUUGAAUUGUAUGUUGGUGUUUGUGCUAUUGGAAUAUAUGUCUUUCAAAAUUCAAUUAAAAUUAAUACAUUUUCUUGGGAACAAAUAACAAAAAUAUCAUUUAAACGACGAACAUUUUAUGUUCAACUUGUUAAAAGUCCAAAUUCAUCAGAUAAUAAUUCAAUUGUAUUUACAUUACGUAAUUAUCGUUGUUGUAAAUAUUUAUGGAAAUCAUGUGUUGAUCAUCAUACAUUUUUUCGUUUAACAUCAUUACCAAAAAAUAAAGUUUUUCAAUUUACAAAUAAACUUCGAUAUCGUACGGAUAUUAUACCAAAUGAAUUAUUAAUGAAAAAAAAUGAAAAAAGACAAAAAACAUUUGAACGAGUAUCAAAUCGUCGAAAUAUUCGUUCAAAAACUGGUUCAUCAACAUUACCAAUAUCUUCUUCUUCGAAUAAUAAUAAUCAUUUCUUUAUAAAUAAAAAAUCAAAUUUACAAAAAAUUUUAUCUCUUUCAUCAUCAAAUAUAUCAAUAUCAAAGUCAGAUAAAAUUAUUAAUAAACAAUUAUCAAUACCAUCAAAAUCUCCACGACAAACAUCAUUCAUCAAUAGUAUACUUGUAGAAGCUAAUGAAUAUAAACCAAAAAAUAUAAUAUCAUCUCAAAAUGAUUAUCGAGAUAGUCCUCAAAUAUUAAAUCAAAAUUUCUUAUUAAAUAAUUCAACUAUAUCUAAUGAAAUAUUAUCUAUUGAUUCAAAUGUUAUACUAAUAAAAUUAAAACCUGAUAUUGAUGGUCGAUAUGGUUUUAAUAUUAAAGGUGGAAAAGAUAAACAAACAUCAACUAUUAUUUCAAAAGUAGCAUCUAAUACACCAGCAAGUCGAGCAUUACUUCAAGAAGGUGAUAUCAUAUUAGCGAUUAAUAAUAUUGAUAUUCGAAAUCAUUCAUAUGCUGAAAUUAUUAAUAUGAUUCGACGUUCAUGUGACAGAUCUUUUGAUGAAUUAGAACUUCAUAUAAAAUCUUUCGAUGGAAAAAAUUUAUUAAAAGAAUCAUUAGAAAUAUUACAUAAUGAUAUUUCAUCAAAUCGUUUGAUCGAACAAUAUCAAAUACUUCACCGUCUAAACGAUAGUUUUACAUUUGAAAUAGGUCGAAGUGAAUAUAAUUAUUAUCAUAAUCGUUAUAAAGAUGUAUUACCUUAUGAUCAAACACGUGUUAUACUUAAAAAUAAUUCUGAAAAUGAUUAUAUUAAUGCAAAUUAUAUUAAUAUGCCAAUUAAUUCAACAGAUAUUAUUAAUCGUUAUAUAGCUACACAAGGACCAUUACCAAUAACAUGUGAACCUUUUUGGAGAAUGAUUUGGGAACAACAAUGUACUUUAAUUAUAAUGUUAACAACUUUAUUUGAAAAUGGUCGAAUAAAAUGUCAUCAAUAUUGGCCAAAUAUGUUAGAAACAAUUGAUUAUGGUUUAUUUACAAUUCGAUGUUGUCGUGAAAGAAAAGAAAAUGAACUUAUUUAUCGUGAAUUAUUAAUUUUAAAUAAUGAAAUAAAUGAUGAACGAAUUAUUUAUCAAAUACAAUGUGAAACAUGGCCAGAUCAUGAUAUACCAAAUAAUUAUUCUUCAUUUGUAGAUUUUGUAUUAGAAAUUCGUGAAUUAAGAAAAGCAAAUAAACAUAUACCUAUUCUUGUUCAUUGCAGUGCUGGUAUUGGUAGAACAGGUGUAUUAAUUUUAUUAGAAACUGCUCUAUGUCUUAUUGAAGCAAAUCAACCUAUAUAUCCAUUAAAUAUUGUUCGACAAAUGCGUGAACAACGUUUAGGAAUGAUUCAAACAGCUAGUCAAUAUCAAUUUGCAUGUGAAGCAAUUCUUUAUGCAUAUGAUCAUGGAUUGAUAGAAAGUCAAUAG